UGGUAGUACGAAAUCUGUCCCACCGUUGACCCAAGAUAUAAUUUUUUUCCCUUCAGAACUUUAGGCCUUUGAUUUCCAUUAAAAUGGCCUCAGAAGCAGAAGAAAGGCAGAGGCUUUUGCGCGCAGUCAAGAAAGAGGUGAAACAAAUAAUGGAGGAAGCUGUUACCCGAAAGUUUGUUCAUGAAGAAAGCAGCAGUAUCACUUCUCUUUGUGCUGCAGUAGAAGCCUGCCUGCUACAUUGCCUGAGGAAACGAGCUCUUGGUCUGUUUAAGUAUGGCUCCACCAUGGCACUACUCCAGAAAGUUUCAAAGUCUUUUGAACCUGCUGCAGAAGUGUCCCGCCUGGUUGCAGACUUGGAGACACCUAGCUCAACAGAGUUAUCUGGGUCAAGGAAGUCUCUGGACAACAACAAAAACCAAAGUAAAAAAAAUUCUACAUCUGUCACCACUCCAAAGUAUCUUUGGCUGAGAGUGGCCAUAUUUGAAAAGAAACUAGCCAAAAUUCUAGACUAUUUGGUACAAAAUCAUAGUAAAUACUAUGAGGAAGAAUCACUUAUAGCUGAUCCAGUGGAUGGUCCUAUUUUUGCUUCUUUAUUAGUGGGUCCUUGUGCGCUAGACUACACAAAGAUGAAGACUUCAGAUCACUUCUGGACUGAUCCCCCUGCAGAUGAACUAGUUCAGCGGCACAGAAUACACUCCAGCAGCAGUCAUGUGUUUACUUCCCCUGGCUCACCCAAGCGUCAAGGAAUGCAGGUUCGUCGAGAUGCUAGCAGUACUGAGGAGGCAAGGGAGCCCAAACUGUUUCACAUGUCUGCCAGGGAAUAUGUGGAAUCUCUUCACCAAAACUCAAAGCUGCAGCUUCUUUAUGGGAAAAAUAAUGUCCUUGUCCAACCAAAAGAAGACAAAGAAGCACUUCCAGGGUAUCUGUCUCUUCACCAAAGUUCUGAUGGCUUAAUUAUCAUGUGGACUCCCAAUCAGCUCAUGAAUGGAUGUUGUGAGGACGCUACAGAUGAAACAGACAGAAGCCAAUACUGGGAGUUUGCUAUGACCAUUUACUUGGAGGAUAUAGUCUACAUACAUUGUCACCAGCAACCUGACUGCAGAGGCACUGUAGUUCUUGUGGGUCAAGAUGGUGUGCAGAGGCCGCCUAUACAUUUCCCCAAAGGUGGUCACUUGUUGUCUUUCCUGUCUUGCCUGGAGAAUGGAUUACAGCCCAAUGGACAGCUAGACCCACCGUUGUGGUCACAGAAGGGCAAAGGUAAAAAUACGGGAAAGGUGUUUCCCAAGCUCCGCAGAAAGGGGAGUAGACUGUCCAGCAGUAGUAGCACCAGCAGUGGGAGCACAACCAGCAUGGAUGAAGAGGAAGCAGCUGACUAUGUGUUUAGGAUUAUUUCAUCUUUCAGACCUGAAAUGUUGACUGCAGAAAUGCUGGAUCCCAAGGCCCUAUGGUCUCCUCGCUCCCCCUCAUCCCCCCACUCCUCUGAGCGCUCCCCAUGGCAUGUCAGGAGACAGCUGCCCCCCAGUCCCCUGGUGUGCACCUCGGUACAGUCCUAUGCCCGCAGCCAGGAGGAGCAGAAUAGCGAGUGCCUAGUGCAGGCAUCCGCUGAUGCCAACCAUAGGUAUUUGACUUAUAUGAAUCACAUCAAACAACUUUGUGACACAAUGACAAAACAAAUUAUCUCCAGGGCUUUCUAUGGAUGGUUAGCGCACUGUAGACAUCUAAAGACAGUCCGCACUCAUCUAUCUGGUCUUGUCUAUCACACAGCUGUCUCUGAAGACUCGCCAGUGGAUGGUAAGAUAGGACUGACUACAGAGAUGUGGUCAAAGCUUUGUCAGAAUGGCAUUGUGACAGACUCGAAAGAAGUGUAUAGAUUGGUUUAUUUUGGAGGUGUGGCUCAUGAACUCAGGAAACAGGUGUGGCCCUAUCUGCUUGGUCACCAUAAAUUUGGCAGCUCCCCUGAAGAGCGUGAAGGCUUGGAGCAAGCAGUCCGCACAGAGUAUGAGAAGAUUAUGUCAGAAUGGUUGGCAGUAGAAGCAAUCAUACGUCAGAGGGACAAAGAGGUUAUUGCUGCCAAUCUAGCCAAGUUAUCUCAGGAAAGCACAGAUGGCCACAUACCACUGGUUCGCAAAGACUCAAGCCUGAGCAACGAGGUGUUUGUGUCAUUUGAAUCAGAAGAGAUGUCAAGGCCAGAGACUGUGGUAGAGGAGAGCUCCACGGCCCGCACCACACCCUCCUCUGACAGAAAGACCAGCAUGGAGCUGUCCAUUACAUCCUCCACAAUAGAUCGGGCAGUUGGCACUGACACUCCUCCCAUGCCCAUCAAAAAAGGACACCUGUAUCAGGACAGUCCAGACGAUGGUCUGGGGGACUCCUUGGCCAGGGGAAGCUCAACCACUACAGAAACUGACCGGUCCAAGACAGACUCUGUUGGAGACUCUGGUUUUCUGACUCCAUUGACGCCCAGGUCACUACCUGCUGAUGUCACUGACAGAAUCACUAUGGUCACCAAGUUAUCAGUGGACAGCGCCGUUCUAGAUGAGGAGAAUGCCAACACACAACAGGAAGUGAAGUCUCGGACAAACUCAGCUCAUGAAGAUGGAGAAAGCUCAAGUAAGCCUGACUCUUUGAGCACCAGUCGAACCAGCCUUGACCCCAGAGCUGGUCAAGACUAUGAACCAGGUCUAGAGGUGAAAGGUCAUUUGUCAGCCAGUAGAGAAAGUUUGCUGUCUCCUGCAUCCCCAGCUUCUAAUGGAGGAAUUUAUUCUGCUGAAUUGUUGGAUAGUGUUGCCCUAAACUUGCAUCGUAUUGAUAAAGAUGUCCAGAGAUGUGAUAGAAACUAUCAUUACUUCAACUGUGAGAACUUGGAUAAACUUCGCAAUAUCAUGUGCACGUAUGUCUGGCAACAUUUAGAUGUUGGUUAUGUUCAAGGAAUGUGUGACUUAGUGGCUCCGUUGCUUGUUAUAUUUGAUGAUGAGUCCUUAGCGUACAGCUGCUUCUGUCAACUAAUGAAAAGAAUGUCCAGCAACUUCCCCCAUGGAGGGGCGAUGGACACACACUUUGCUAACAUGAGGUCUUUGAUUCAGAUACUAGAUGCUGAGUUGUUUGAACACAUGCACCAACAUGGGGAUUACACACAUUUCUACUUCUGCUACCGCUGGUUCCUCUUGGAUUUUAAGAGAGAAUUGAUCUACGAUGAUGUGUUUGCUGUCUGGGAAACUAUCUGGGCUGCGAAGCACAUGACCUCCAGCCAUUUUGUAUUGUUCAUAGCGCUGGCACUUGUCCAGGUCUACAGGGAAAUCAUACUUGACAAUAACAUGGACUUUACUGACAUCAUCAAAUUCUUCAAUGAAAUGGCAGAGCAUCACAAUACUAAGCAAGUGCUCAAAAUUGCCAGGGAACUGGUUGCAAGGUUACAGACUUUAAUUGACAAUAAAUGAAUCUUCGACAGCUCUUGGCAAGGGAGGUAGUAGAUGAGUGCCAAAAAAAAAAAAGGUUGUUUCACUUAACUGUUUACAUACAUGUCUGUCUAUACAGAUCCAAUGUUUUCACACCAAACAUAAUUGUCUAGUCAGUUGGUAUUUUUUGUGAGAUGUUUAAAGUAGCAAUGUAGCAAAGUUGAAUUCAUGACCCAAUUAUUGAUAUGGUUAGUUACGUAUGAGAUGUAUGUUUUAGUGCUCUAUUUAUAACUUGAACAAAAACAUGUACAUAAGUUUUUUGUUUUUGUUUUUUUUUUGUUCUGUUUCAUUUCCUGGGGCAUAUUUUCAUACAGCAUUUAUAUUAUUAAUCAUAUUCUGUCAACAUUGUCAUUUUUUUUUGUGUACAAUCAAAAUGUAUUUAAACUUAACAGAUAAAUCUAACGUACAGAAUUUAUACAUAAUAUCUCAAAUUUAUAACAAAUUCACAAAAAUGUUUUCAACUUUCUCAGUGAAAAAGAGAUAUGUAAUGCAUUUUCUGUUAUUUUUGUGUGUCCAGAAAGUUUCGUUUAAUAAAUUCCAUUAGUUACAACUUUUACUGAGCUAUUUUUAGAUACAUUCUUUCUUUAUAUAUAUAUAUAUAUAUAUAUAAUUUUCUUAUACCACCUGAUGCUGACAUAGUAAAAUGUGUCUUUGAUUUGUUUUUAAUUGAGCUGUUUCAUUACAUCACACUUUUUAAUAGGAAUCUUCUUGAACAAAAUGGCUGUUAGAAAUUGGAAAAUGCCAUCCAGCUUUUGAAUCUCAAUCUCAACAAUAAAAUUUAAAGUGUUAUGCUUUUGUUUUUAGAAGUCAACUUAGUGUUGAAACAUAUAUUAAAACUAAGAAGCUUACAUUUAAAUUGAGAUGCAAAUAUUAUAUAUAAACUAAGUUUACAAUUAGUUUUAGAAGAUUUAGUAUUGCAUGUUCAUUUUGGAACAAGUUUUUUUCUUCAUUUUCUUAUUAUUUUUAUCAUUUGAUAUUUAAACAUUGAUUCAUUUUGAUUAUCAUGUGAAUACAAAAGUAACUGUCUCUAAAAGGGUAACACAAUACUUGUGUGUUGAUACUUGCCAAUGCAAUUUUUAUUUACAAAUUUGAAGUCUAGACGCUUGUCAUUUAGAUUUAUAGACAAAUAGGAAUGUUCUUAACUAAUUUUAACAACUUUUAAAAUUAGAUGGAACAAAAUUUUUGUUACAAAAUAUUUUGGCAAACGUAUGCGAAGUUUUUAAAGACCACAAGAUACAUAAAAUGUACUCAGCUUCAGAUAGUAGCACAUCUGUACUUUAGCUUCAGAUAGUGCCACAUGUGUACUAUAGCCUCAGAUAUAUUAUUAUUAUUAUUAUAGCUUUUAUAUAGCGCUACUUUCAUGCUUAUGGCAUGCUCAGAGCGCUUUUUGGUCCAAUCUCAUUUGUGGACCGGUGGGGGGGAGGGGGUAUCUAGGAGUUGGUUUUCCGUGCUGCCUUUAGGCGCUCAGCAAACACAACUCUGCCCGAGUCGGGUGUCGAACCUCGAGCCCCCACUUCUAGGUAGCCAAGCCAGGCCAAGUUCAAGCGCACUUGGCCUCUCGACCACGCUUCCCACCGCUUCUAUAUAAAUCUGAUUCAUCAUUCUAACAAAGAAAUUUCAGAGAAACUGUUGGACUGAGAGAUGUUUUGGGGGUUAAUGUUAUUUUUGUUCUAAUUAUUACAGUCAGGCAAAGCCGAAAAUCAAAAUAAUUUAUUCUUGUAAAUUAUUUUUUGUUUGUAAGCAGAAAUUGUUCCUCGGUUGUGCAUUUUAUGAACAAAAAAUUUGCUUGAAACAUUUUCAUGUUUUUAAUAUUUUUAUACUUAGUUUUUUUUUUUACUACACUUUUGUAACUAAAACAUUUAUACCUUUUAAAUAAUAAGAGUUCCAUUUUUGUGAUGUUAAAUACUUGUUUUACAAGAUCUAAUCUAAUGUCAUAUUGAAACAAUUGUUGAAUAUUGUUGGUUGUUGCUAUAAAAUCAUUCUUUAUUUCCUGGAUCUAUAUUUUUGAGAAAAAAACAAACCCAGAAACAUUCAGUUUAACUCCCCUUAUAGAAAUGUCAAUCCAGAAGCUAGUCACUUUAGAAAAUGUCCAUUAAAGAUUUAUAAUUACACACUAAUCAUUAGAUGUUUAAAGAUGUGUAAUUACAUAGUCAUUAGUUGUUUGUUACUAGUUAAAUCUCUGUUUAGAAAAAAAAAAGUUAAGUUCCCCUUUCAGACCUUUAUUGACAUAAAUCAUGACCUAUGUUUAACUUAGAAAUGUACAUUUCAUUUGAUGAAAUUUUAUUGAGAUGACACAAGUGAAAGGUCCAUUCAAUACUGUGGAUUAUUUAGAGCCUCUUGAAGUUCCUCUUUCCCUUUAAUAGACAGUUUGGACAAAGUACAGUUGGCAGCUCCUAUUGACUUGCUUUUAAGCCCAAAAUCAAUAAUGUCUUUAAUGUUUACCCUGGUUGUCAUUGGCCUCAUAGUGUAAGACAACUACAUACUUUUGUAUGUUUAGGGUAGGCUGUUAGAAACACUGAUUGGCACACUUUUGAGAAUAAACCUUCUAUUAAGGAGAGCUCUACCAAUAGCUAAGCCCACCAAUGUGAUAUACUUUCAACUUUCUUUAUGUAAUGAAGGUUUUUUUUUAUUUAAAAACAACUUGUGUUUCAUAACUCUUUUACUUUUGUGUUCCAUCCUGUUUUCUUGUACUUUUAUACAAGUUGUUUCCCUUUUUUUUUUUGUCUUUUAACCAGCAUCAGACUUGGUGAGAUGUAUAAAGAGAAAUAAAUAUUUAUAGAGAUAACAAUUUAUACACACACACAUAUAUAUAUAUAUAUAUAUAUAUGUAUAUAUAUGUGUAAUUUUUUUUUCCAAUUCUUUGACUUGUUGAACAUUGAAGUCUGUGAUGUAACUCAAUAAUGCAUGAUCUAUGUGUCUUUUGUUAUUUGUCUUGGUUUUCUAGGUUUAUAUGUAUUGACCUUUCUUGUUUAUUUUUAUUUGAUUUCUUGUGAUAUUUUUUCUUAGUGCUCAAAGUAUCAACUUUCGUCAAUGAGACUUGAAUGAAAAGCUAGAAGAACUCUUCCAUGUUUAUCAAGUGAUCUUCUAGUCUGAGCUUCCUUUGUAAACUGAUUUCGAGUAACAAAUGCAAAGGACAUACAAGUGAAGCCUCUGGAUUUUUUCUUACAGUAGAAAACGUGUAGGUUUGUUUUAUCUUGAAAUAAAUUCUGUCCAACCUGUGUGAUGGUCUGUUCAGCCAGAAGAGAUUCUAUCCUAACUUUCUUCUUCUAGCCAGAUUUUUGUUUGUUUGCUGCUAAUCUGUUUAGCUGUUCUGCUGUCUGAGCCAAAGUAAAAAAAAAAGGAUGAUGUUUUUCCCAGCUGUUCAGCGCUGUUGGGCUGUAGUGUUAAUAGGGACUGCCUACGGUGGAUUAUAAUGGGGUAUUCAAAGAGGGUAUAUUUCACAUGUGCAUCGGUCUGUUUAACCACUAGAGAUGCUAUCCAGGCACAUGGAUUUGUCUGUUAAGCCUCAGUUGGGUGGCUCAUGUGGUGUGCGCUGUGGAGUUUCAUCAACAAGGUCCUGAGUUUGAACCUUGCUGCCAUCCCCUGUCGUUCUCCAGGGAGGUUUGGGCUAGACUUAAUCAUCUUCAUUUCUGAAGGGACAUCCAACACGUAUAAAACAAACCAACAAAACACGUGCGUGUGUUGAGCUGGUUAGCCACAACAGAGUUGUCUCAGCUUGGCAACCAUUGAUUUCACAUUGACGUCUUUGUUCCUUAGUUGAAUGCCAUGCAGGUUUGAAAAACUGGAACUCAAGACUAUAAUUAAUAAGAUAAACAUUCAUUAAUCUGAACACAAUGUCAAACACAAAACUUGCACAAUGAUUCAAGUAAUAAUCUUGUACUAUUGAAACAAACUGAGUACUCCAUUGACUGCUCCUACUAAUUUCUUCUAUUCUCAAAAGAUUUCUCUCAGAGACAUGGAAAACUCUUCAAUAUUCUUUUACAAGCUCAAGUCAAGACCAGCUUCGUAUUCACUCUUGCGCCUCUACCUGGGUAGCUCCAUUAGCUUUCCAUGUUUAUGACAUCCACUGUGAAACAUUAGUACCUAUAUAAUCUAAGACAUGACUCACUAUCAAAAGUAUUCGUGAAGGUGCAGUGGAGGGCAGCCCAAAGAAAAAAAUAAUGCUCCGGCCUCUCUCUUGAUAUCCUGCUAAGAGCAGCUGCUGACUGGGAAAAGUGGAGGGAUUUGGUUACGCGAACUGUCACAGCACCCCUACGAUGAAAGUCAAGGGACAGAUGAUGAUGAAUCAAGUAAUUAACAUUAUUUCAGUUGUAUCUAUAGUUAGGAGCUCUAUGUAUGUAUCCAUUUAACUCUACUGUCUUUAAGCAAUGAAUUUUUUUAGGAAUUAACAUUAUUUCAGUUGUAUCUAUGGUUAGGGCUCUAAUGGUUUCAUGGUUAAUUAUUAAUUGUUCGUCCAAUUAUGUAUCAUUAAGAUUAAGUACUAUUGUGUUGGCAUUUAUGUCUGUCGUGAUGUCUGUCUAUGUAUUGAUGUAACUAUAAAGUCUCAGUCUUAAUGUAUGUAUCCAUGUAACUAUACUGUCUUAAAGCAAUGACUUGUUUAGUUUCUUUGUACCAUAUGUAAAAUAUACUAUAUGUGUGUGUGUGUGUGUGUUUAGACUUAGGCUAGGUGUUUUAGAUGCCAUGUUCUCUACUUGUGAUUCUUUGUUCCUAGCAUUCAACCUCCAGACAACUCAGUAUGUCCAAGAGACAUAGUAGAUGGCAAAUGUUUAGUUUAAAAUGAAAUUAUGUCAGGACUUCAAAGAUCAAAUGCAAUUUUUUUUUUAUAUAACUAUGUCCCAAACUUUUUAAAUCCAUAGCACUGGUUUGAUUUCUUCUGAUCAAUUCUUCAUUAGUCUAACCUUUUUUAAAAAAUGUAUUCUAUUUCAGUUUUGUUCUAAAUCAACUUGUGCAAUCUUUUUAAUGCAAUAAUCUGAUUGUAUCAGUAAAUCUCUAUUGUGUUAUUGACCACAUUCAGUGGUUUAGUUGGAAGUGGAAAUGGUGUCAUAGGAGAAAUAUCAGUGAUAUUGUAUUGGAUCUACAGAAUUGUUUUGUUGAGAAUUUAUAAUAGUGUUUCAUAGAGAAUAUAUCUGAAUUAUUCCAUAAAGAAAUGAUUAUAUUAGAAAUUUUAUUAUUAUUAUUAUAUAGAAAUGUAUGGCUUAAUGGUUGUGUGGUGCUGAUCUUAUUAGAUAAAGCCCUGUAUGCCCAAGACCGUAUAAGAUGUAGGCCCUAUAAAAUCCAGACCUUAUAAGAUGUAGGCCCUAUAAAAUCCUGACCUUAUAAGAUGUAGGCCCUAUAAAAUCCAGACCUUAUAAGAUGUAGGCCCUAUAAAAUCCAGAUCUUAUAAGAUCUAGGACCUAUAAAAUCCAGACCUUAUAAGAUCUAGGACCUAUAAAAUCCAGACCUUAUAAGAUCUAGGACCUAUAAAAUCCAGACCUUAUAAGAUCUAGGACCUAUACAACACCUUGUAAGAUGUAGGCCCUGUAAGAGGUGUGUGUGUUGAAAGAACUUGGAUUGAGAUUUCUAGUCAAUGAAAAACUUGAGACAGAAUGCUAACCCAGUUUCCUGUAUGAAAUGAUGACAAAAGAAUGAAUGUAUGACAACAGUUGUAAACAGAAACGUUUGUACCGGGUAUUGCACUGAAUUAUUUUAUUUGUUUAUAGAUUGGUCGAUGAAACAGGGUCAUUUUCUGAUAAAGUAUUGACUUUUUUGUGUGUGUUUUUUGUUACAACUAGAUCCAGUUAGCAACUUAGUUAGUCUGUGAGUGGACUUGUUUUAACCCAGUGAUUGAAAUAUUUUCAAGACACAUAGCUGUUGUUUUAUAGUUCCACAUUUGAAACAAAAAAAAAAAAAAGCUUUUUGACGCUCUUUUUAAAUUUUAAGUCCCUUUGAGAAAAUCUUAGAUCGAAAUCUUUUGUUAGUUUCUGACGGAGGUAGUCUUCCCUUGCACAUUACUGACAUUUCAUCUUGUUAUGAUAAAAUAAAAAAAUAAUUGUUUCGUUUCAUGUCGCGUGAACUCAUGAUCCAACAUUUAUGAAACUGACAGGGGACCAAACCAUGUAUAUAAAGUCAUAUUUCGUAUGUAGUUGUUUCCCUUUUUUGUUCUCGUGUUUGUUACGCGUGUUUCGCUUUGUGGACACUGUCAUAAUGUGUUGACAGCCAACUUGUAACAGAGUUCUCUUUUCAUUUCAAAUGAUUGAAUUGUGUUUGUUGAUGUAUUUGAAAGUCACCCCCCCCUCUCUCUCUCCCUCUUUCAAUCGUCUCUCUAUGUUGUCAGUGAUCUAUCAAUAAAACUAGCAGUUGGAAAGCA